CGCAUGUCGCUCCGCAUCUCUCUGCAGUGGCUCAGAAUGAAUCGGAGGUCGUAUUAAAAAAGGAAAAAAGAAUAAAACCGUCUUCUGGAGUUUUUUUUCUCAAUUCGUCCCGGGUCAUCUCCGCCACGUUAACCGCGACCGGAACCGGAAUGGAGGGAAAAUAGCGGUUGAAAAAAAACGAUGUAUUUCUUAGUCAACUAGCUAGCAAGCUAACCGGCUAGCUAGCUAGCUGACGUCAGCAGCACCAACAUGUACUUUCUUUACACGAUCCUCGCGUCUUUAGUUGCUUUUUUCAUCAUGAAAUGGAUGAAAAAGAGGAGGCAUUGCACCGAUGUGAAAAGACUCGAUGGCAAAACAGUUGUUAUUACAGGUGGCAAUUCUGGCAUCGGCAAGGAGUCGGCCGUUGCCUUGGCAGCGAGAGGCGCCCGCGUCAUCGUCGCAUGCAGGGACCCCGACAAGGCUGAGAAGGCCGUGAGGGAGAUCAAGUUCAGGAGCCGCAGCCUCAACGUCCUUCACAUGGAGCUGGAUCUCGCCAACCUGCGCUCCGUGCGCGAGUUCUGCAAGAGCUUCCUGCAGAGAGAGAAGAGGCUCGACAUCCUGAUCAACAAUGCAGGCAUGCCCGGUGUCCUCGAAUGGACGGACGACAGCUUCAGCAUGUGUUUUGGCGUCAACCACCUGGGCCACUUCCUCCUCACCAACCUGCUUCUGCCUCGCCUGAAGGACUGCGCCCCCAGCCGCGUGGUCACCCUCACAUGCUCCAGCUACAAAUACCAGAAACUGGACUUCCAGGACCUCAACUACAACCUGCUGCCCUUCUUCACCUACUGCCGCAGCAAGCUGGCGAACAUCUACUUCAGUCAGGAGGUGGCCCGCAUCACCGAAGGGAAAGGAGUGACCUCCUAUGCCGUGCACCCUGGUUUUGUCCAAAGCGGGUGGACGUGCCACUACUCCGUCCUGUUCCGCAUGCUGAUGCAGGUCAUCAUGUGGAUGUUCUUCGUGCCGUGUGAGGUUGGGGCUCAGACGGUCAUCUACUGCGCCGUAUCAGAUGAAGCUGCCAAACACAACGGGGGUUACUUCGCCGACUGCCGAGCGGCGACUCUGCGUCCUUUCGCCAGAGACGCUGGUGUGGCCAAAAAACUCUGGGAGGCCAGUGAGAGACUGGUGAAACUGACCUGAUGGUGGUAACUAGGGGGGGGGGGGGAUUCUUAGAGUUGUUCACGGUCAUGUCCUUUUUUUUUUUUAAUGUUUGUGUUCUUCAUUCACAUUUCUGAUGUGUACAAUGCAGAUGUAAAUAUUGGUUUUAUGUGCUUGUGUAAUUUAAGAGGAAAUGUUUUUGCACAAAAUAAAAGACUUUACAAUGA